UGAUUAAGGUGAUACUUGACAGCAUCUCUUCUAAGAACACAAUGCUAAAAAUGGGCAGAAAAUGCCAGCUUGGGGAAGGUAAACUAUUGCCUAUCCCUAAAUGGAUUUCAAAGCUGAAAGGACUUUUCCUGGUAAGGAUGGGCACCGAACUCCAAUUCAUUGAUGUUCCCCUUGUUCUUACAGCACAGUGGGGAUCGUGGCAAGUGAACAGGGGCUCUGGAGAGCAGUGUGCACCUGAGCCCCCAGCAUGGCAGGGCUAAAGCGGCGGGCCAGCCAAGUAUGGCCUGAGGAGCGGGGAGAGCAGGAGCAUGGGCUGUACAGCCUGCACCGCAUGUUUGACAUCGUGGGCACCCACCUGACGCACCGAGAUGUGCGUGUCCUCUCCUUCCUUUUCGUUGAUGUAAUUGACGACCAUGAGCGUGGCCUCAUUCGAAGUGGACGAGAUUUCUUGUUAGCGCUGGAGCGCCAGGGCCGAUGUGAUGAAAGUAACUUUCGACAGGUGCUGCAGCUGCUACGCAUCAUCACUCGACAUGACCUGCUGCCCUAUGUCACACUCAAGAGGAGGCGGGCUGUGUGCCCAGACCUUGUAGACAAAUACCUGGAGGAAACGUCAGUCCGUUACGUGACCCCCAGAGCCCACAGUAACCCAGAGCCGGGACCUCCCCAAACCCCUAAAUCAGUGCCUCCCCACUAUCCUGUGGUGUGCUGCCCCAAUGCUGGCCAACAGAUGUGCAUCAAACGGCCAACUCGAGGGAGAGCAACACUUGUAAGUCAGCGGAAGCGCCGGAAGUCCGUGACACCAGACCCCAAGGAGAAACAGACCUGCGACAUCAGGCUUCGGGUGAGGGCUGAGUACUGCCAGCAUGAGACAGCUCUGCAGGGCAACGUCUUCUCAAAUAAGCAGGACCCACUUGAACGCCAGUUUGAGCGUUUCAACCAGGCCAAUACCAUCCUCAAAUCUCGGGACCUGGGUUCCAUCAUCUGUGACAUCAAGUUCUCUGAGCUCACCUACCUCGAUGCCUUUUGGCGCGACUACAUCAAUGGCUCCCUCCUGGAGGCGCUCAAAGGUGUCUUCAUCACAGACUCACUUAAACAGGCUGUGGGCCAUGAGGCUAUCAAGCUGCUGGUGAAUGUGGAUGAGGAGGACUAUGAGCUGGGCCGACAGAAACUCCUGAGGAACUUGAUGUUGCAGGCACUGCCCUGACCCUCCUCUCACCUUUCACAAAUCUGGGGCCUCAGCUCGGCGCCCAUCUCUGGAGUUCACACACUGUUUGGGGUUUUCUCCACACCCCUCCUGUCACCUUCGCUCCCCCUCCCCUUCUUUUUUAAAGGAAAAGACAAAAAAGUGGAAGUGGUGUGUCUCCCCAUCCCCUCCCCCACCCAGACUUCCACAAGCCUGGGAGUCCAGCCUGGGCAAGGAAGGAAGAAGCAGUCUUGUCUCAGUGCUCUGUGGAACCGCUGCUGAAGUUGUUUGGGGGGUCAAUAGGCGGCUCUCUCAAUCGCCCUCAGGCUUCACGAGGGCUUGUUUUGUUUUGUUUUGUCUGAGGAAACCAAAGGGCUGUGGUGUGGGAGCUUGCUGGAGAGGUAAGAGUCAGGGUUGUAUCGUGGGGAUUUAUUACCACAUGCCCUCCACCCUGCUGAGAUUGUAAGUAACAAGUUGAACAACACACGUAAAGGUAUGGCCUCCUCACUUGCUCACUCCUGGCCCCUGGUGCUUCCCUCCCUCUCCCCCCCAUCUCCCAGGGACAGAGAUUAGGAGCUCUUUUCCUAGUCUGGGUCCUUCAUUUACCCUCUGUUAGCUCCUUUUCUAGGAAGCAGUGAGAAGGGAGGACUGGGGCAGCCCAAGAACCCCUUGCCUGUGCACAAGUGCCUGUGUGUGUGUGUGUGCAGGAUGGGGGGAAGGGUUGCUGGGAGCACACACUCCCUAAGAAAGGGGUGUGUGGCAUUUUUUCCUUCCAUGUUCAAGUGAAAAUAAAUGUAUCCUGCAGCCCA